GGCCUUCAGUUAGCUUGUAGCAGCAGUCGAGGUAGGACGUACGGCUCCAGCUUCUCCCUGGGUAACUGCGCUCGCACCAACAUGAGUUCUCUUCUCAACAAUCUCAUCGUGACGGGAUCUUCCGGCGGGAAGGAGAGCAAUAGUCCCUUCGUUCAAACACAAAAUAACUCUACGGAAAAUGUGGCACCUGCAAGCAGCAACCGAGAGCAGCUACAAGCACUGGCUUCUGGUGGAGGCAGCAUGUGCCUGGAGCAAGUUGUCAUUGGAGAAGAGAUCCCGUACCCUUACGAAGUAAUCAAGGAGAGUGCCGACUACCUGCUUUCUGGAACUCGACACAGGCCCAAGAUUGGAGUUAUCUGUGGUUCUGGUCUUGGUGGUCUAGCAGACACCCUGGAUGAUAGGGACGUGUUCCCUUAUCAGAAUAUCCCCAACUUCCCGGAGUCAACUGUGGCUGGCCAUGCAGGCAGGAUGGUCAUAGGGCGUCUCUCUGGUGUUCCAGUCAUGUGCAUGCAGGGACGCUUCCAUUCCUAUGAAGGUUAUCCUCUCUGGAAGUGUGCUAUGCCGGUACGAGUGAUGAAGCUGAUGGGUGUUGAGCAGAUCGUUGUCACCAAUGCAGCCGGAGGCCUCAACCCAAAUUUCAAAGUUGGUGACAUCAUGAUUAUUAAGGAUCACAUCAAUAUGCAAGGGUUUGCUGGAGACUCGCCACUGAGAGGCAGGAAUGAUGAACGGUUUGGCCCUCGCUUCCCUGCCAUGAACAAUGCGUACGACAAGAAUCUCCGUGAGAUGGCAAAGAAGAUUGUUGCUGAAAUGAAUCUAACAAAUGUAGUUCAAGAAGGUGUUUAUGUCAUGCUCGGUGGGCCCACCUAUGAGACUGUUGCUGAACUCCGUCUCCUGAGACUACUUGGAGUGGAUGCUGUGGGAAUGAGCACAGUGCCUGAGGUUGUGGUAGCACGACAUUGUGGACUGAAAGUAUUUGCCUUCUCACUGAUCACAAACGAAUGUAUCACCCAUUACGACACGGAUGCACAAGCCAACCAUGAGGAGGUCAUAGAAGUUGCCAACAAACGCAAAAAGGACUUGCAAGAUCUGGCCUACAGAAUUAUUGUACAAAUGUCCAAGAAUAGUCAGGAAAGUUGAACUGGUGAAUACUGAGUAUUUUAUAUUAUGGCAUAUUUUUUUAAGUUCUGACCUAAGAUGUAAAAUCUGGAUAAAUAGGAAGUGACAAAACACUAAGAGUACUUUAUGCAAGUUUGUUAAAUUUGGGUUUGUUAAAUCCUGCCUUACUAACUUCUCACAUUUCUGCAAACGGUAACCAGCUAUUCAGACAAAGGACUUCCGGAAGAUGUAGCUUACAUGAACUUUGCUAAAGCUCUUGACAAGGUACUCCAUGAGACUGGCAAGGAAAUUACAGGCACAUGGAAUAAAUGGGAAAAUACUGAAUGGAUAAAACAAUGGUUAAAACAUAGAAAACAAAGGGUCGUACUAAACGGGAAUGAAUCUCACUGAGGAAAUGUGUUAAGUCGGGUACCACAGGGGUUCAUUUUGGGGCCAACCCUUUUUGUCGUAUACAUAAAUGACAAUGAGAAUUUUACAAACCACAUCAAAUUUUCAAAUGACACUAAGAUCUAUGGUGAAAGUGAUAGACAUUUCAAGAUCUAUAUGAACUCUGCAAAUGGUCAGAUGACUGGCAAAUGCUUUUUCAUUAUUAAAUGCAAGACCUUGCAUGUGGGGCAUAAUUCACGUCACAACUACCAUAUUGACAGCAUUACCUUACAAUAGAUAGGUAAAGAAAAGGACCUUAGAGUCAGAGUACAUCAUUCACUGAAAGUUGCAAAAAGUGGGAGUAGCAGUAAAAAAAAAAAAAAAAAAAAAAAAAAAAAAA